ACAAAAAUUCAAAUUUUGAGAGCUUCUAUUAUUAUUAUUAUUAUUAUUUCAAUGGCGCCCAUGACCCUCCCUCCAGGGUUUCGCUUUCACCCAACAGAUGAAGAGCUUGUUGCUUACUAUUUGGAUAGAAAGAUCAAUGGCCGCUCCAUCGAGCUCGAGAUCAUUCCCGAGAUCGAUCUUUAUAAGUGCGAACCCUGGGAAUUACCUGAUAAGUCGUUUUUGCCGAGCAAAGAUAUGGAGUGGUACUUCUAUAGCCCUCGGGAUCGGAAGUACCCGAAUGGGUCGAGAACGAAUCGGGCAACGAAGGGCGGAUAUUGGAAGGCCACCGGGAAAGACCGGGUGGUUCAGUCGCAGAAACGAGCGGUUGGGAUGAAGAAGACUUUGGUGUAUUACAAAGGAAGAGCUCCUCAUGGGGUUAGAACCAAUUGGGUUAUGCAUGAAUAUCGUCUUCUCCAUUCUCAACUCGCCACAGCAACAUCAUCAUCUCCUUCGACGAAGGACUCCUAUGCAUUAUGUCGUGUAUUCAAGAAGGCAACUAUAGUACCGAAAUCCAUCGGGGAAAAGGCAAAUGGAGUCGACAACAAAGCACCGGUGUGGCAAAUGGCGGACGAGCAAGAUAUGCAGGUUGACGACGGUGGUGCGCCAGAAAGUUCGAGAGGAGGGAUAGAAAGCAAUGAAGAUGGUGAUAGUUUUGAUCACUUCCUUUAUGAAUGUAACCCUAAAAUCUUCAGCUCUGAAAACUCGUCCUCCGAUCUCACACAAGGGAAUGUCGCCGACGACUUUCCGGUGCCAGUGGCCUCCGAUAAUGAAGCCAAUAGUUCAGCUAAUAAUCUGUAUCCAAUUCACAUGGACUGCCCUUCAAACUUUAUGCAGAUUCCGAGCAAUUUCAUCGACCAUGAGAAUCUUCAGUAUCAACAUCCAUACUAUCCGCCAUUAGAGCUCGAGGACUUCCCUCAGCUGAAUAUAAUGGGGGAAACAAAGUCGUUAAUGAAGCCCGAGUGCAUUGACGAGUACAUGAAGUCGUUCGAUAAGUUUCGAGACUCCAUGAAUGGAAGUUUAGAGGAGAUUUUGUCUCUGUGUAGUCUUCCCAAUAUGCAAGAUGAUAAUCAUAAUCUCCAACAACACUCUUCCUUAUUACAGUAACGUAAAAAACACAAAUUCAAUUUCCAAAAAUUAUUACUUACGUUUACUGUACAUUAUAAAUUUACCGACAACAAUUCAAUUUUACACCAAGUAAAAAUCAUCAAUCUCCAAAAUAUUAUGCAGAGAGAGAGAGAGAGAUUUUAUUUUUGCAUGUUGAGAGAGAGCUGACCAAUCAUAAUAUUUAAAUUAAAGCUUACUAUAAGGGGAUUCCAUGUAAUGGGUUUUUUUUAGGCACAUUUACAUGUGUAAUAGAGUGAUGUUUGUUUGU